UGACCCACAUGGCCAUGCCUUCCACCGAGUGAGUCUCUUUCUUCCAAUUCCUGGUUCGAAACCCUGGCAACACCAUUCAAAACCGUAGUUGCCAAUCUCGUUCACAAUCUUUACCUGCAGAAUGGACCAUCAUCAUCAUCAACAGCAACAAUGGCGUCCCAGGCCAUUCCCAGGUAACAUCUGCCCCACCUGCUCCAGUUCCCACUUCCCCUUUUGCCCUCCUCCACUUCCUCCCUUCAAUCAAAACCCUAGAUUACCAUUCGACCCGUACCGUGGGCCUGCGGGUCCGCCUCGCUCCUUCGCGGAUGGGUUCGGGGAUUCGAGGCCGUGGCAUAGAAACCCUAGCUUGGAUAGAGGAGACCCGCACGGACAAUAUGAAUUACAAUCUUACAGCAAUGGGUUUGUGGAUGACUGUGAUAGGAACUCUAAGAGGCCUAGGGUUGAUGACAUUCGAAAUAAUCAGAAUUCUUUGAGAAAUUCUUGGGAGGAUGAGCGGCGAUUGAAGCUGAUUCGCGAUCACGGUAGAGGGUCGAGUGGACUUCUGCCGGCCGAAGGCGGUGCGGGCUUGAUGAUGCCGGGAGUGAAUUGUGAAACGAAUAGAUAUGUUCAGGAAGGUUCAGGCUUUGAUGGGAAUUAUGGUAGACCUGGGGUUGGGAAGUAUGGAAAAGUCGAUGGCAUUCCGGACUCUAUGACUGAAUUGGGAGCGAUAGGUUAUGAUUCGAGGUUUGGUUCCGGCGAGAAGAGAGGGCAACAAUAUAUGCAGAGUAAUAGGAAUGGGUUUCAGGGUGAGGAAUUACCUCAUUCCAGAUAUGGUCAAGUUGAAGGUUCUUUGAAUCCUUUUCAGACCUAUGGGAUUAGAAAUGUGGAUCAGCUACGCCCACCUUGUCCGGUUUCUGAAGUUCCUAAUGAUAAUUAUCACAAUAGCCAGAAUCCUCAACAGCGGCAAGGUAGUGAUUCCAUGCCAGCAAAUGAACCACAGAAUUCUCAUAUGCCGUACCCUGAACAAAGAGGCAGUGUCGCUAUGGACAAUCGUGAUCCGAACAGUCAGCUGCAACAACACUAUGGAAUGCAGUAUCCUGUUGGUACGAGACAUGAUUUCCAUCCACAUGGCCUGCCAAGUAAUUUGAGACGGCCACUUGAAGUCAGAUUUCCAUCACACAAAAAUGGCAAUCCAUAUAUGAAUGAGGAUGGAGGUUACUUUCCAUCCGCUUCUGGUGGUGGCAGGAUUUUUGAAAAUAGGGGUCAAAUGGAGGCUUCACGGUUACAUGGUAGUCAGCCUCCUAUUCCUGCUCCUCCACUACCAGCCCUCCCGGUUGACGCAGCAUUGCGCCCUUCUUCGGAGUUGAAAGGCUUCUCUUCACCACCUACAACAUCCGCUUCUCUGUUUCCUGUUGCUGUUAGUUCAUCGCCCAUGGUGCCUUCACCAUAUCCACCACUUCCUGAAGCCCACUCCUUGACCCGGCCCUAUUUCCAUAAUGAGCCACGGCCACCUAUGCCUGCUUCCGCUGGCUUUCUUUCAGAGGCUAUGGGGGAUGGACAACAUUUUUCUUUGAAGCUAUUAUCUUCAGAUAAACCAAAAGUUAUUGAUGCUUCCCACUUUUUUAAGCUGCCUCAUCGAACCACCCGCCCUGAUCAUAUUGUGAUAAUCCUUCGAGGGCUUCCAGGUAGUGGGAAGAGCUACUUAGCAAAGAUGAUACGUGACCUUGAGGUUGAAAAUGGUGGUAAUGCUCCACGCAUUCAUUCUAUGGAUGAUUAUUUCAUGACUGAGGUUGAAAAGGUUGAGGAAGGUGACGUUUCGAAAUCUUCGAGUUCAGUCAGAGGGAAGAAACCAGUAAUGAAGAAGGUGAUGGAGUAUUGUUAUGAACCUGAAAUAGAGGAGGCUUAUCGAUCAAGCAUGUUGAAAGCUUUUAAGAAGACCCUUGAGGACGGGGUUUUCACCUUCAUCAUUGUGGAUGACCGCAAUCUGCGGGUAGCUGAUUUUGCUCAGUUUUGGGCAAUUGCAAAGAGUUCGGGUUAUGAAGUUUACAUAUUAGAAGCUCCAUAUAAGGACCCUGUGGGCUGUGCAGCUAGGAAUGUGCAUGGUUUUACCAAAGAUGACAUUGAAAAGAUGGCCAGACAUUGGGAGGAAGCUCCAUCUUUGUACUGGCAACUAGAUGUCAAGUCAUUAUUCCACGGGGAUGAUCUGAAGGAAAGCGGAAUUCAAGAGGUAGAUAUGGACAUGGAAGAUGGAGAUCUUGAUGAAAAUUUAUCUGAGCAAGAAAGAAAGCAUGAGGAUAUCAUAGUACCACCUGUUGGAGUAGAUGCACCUGAUGAUUCUUCAAAGGAUAGGAAUAGAUGGGAUUCCGAAGGAGACCAUCUGACCGAAGAAGUGAAAGAAUUAGGUAGGAGUAAAUGGUCGAAUGAUUUAGAUGAAGAUGAUACUGAAAGAACUGAAAAGGUGAAGGGUAAUUUAAAUGCUCUUUCUGGAUUGAUUCAAGCAUAUGGCAAGGAAAGAAAAUCUGUACGUUGGGCUGAUCAGUUUGGCAACACUGGUUUUUCAAUACACGCGGCGAAGAAGGGAAAUGUAUUGUCUUUAGUGAUUGGACCAGGCACUGGAUACAACUUGAAGUCCAACCCAUUACCUGAAGAAGAGAUCCCAGCACCGACCCCUAAUGCUGUUGAGUCAAAGAGGCAAAGCAUAUUCCAAGAGCGACUUCGUGCAGAGCAUGAUUCAUUCAAAGCAGUUUUUGACAGGAGGCGACAGCGGAUUGGUGGGCUUGUUUUGGAGGAGGAAUAGUAAAUUUAAGGGUGCAUCCCGCGGUGUCAUUAUAAUUCUUAUUUUUUCAUUGACAAGGGGGUCGAUCUUCUUAUUGCGGAGGAUCGAAAAGGGCGGUGCAGUCAUUGUAAUUAUGUAGUGUCACUAUCAGGAUAGGGAUUGUCCCGUUAGAAGUUCAGUUUUCCUACCCCCUUUAAUCUUUUGAUGCAAUCGAUUGUAUAUCAUGUUGUUCUGUUGUGAUGAUAAUAUUUGUUCGAAGAAUAGAUUAAUGAAAAAAUUUGCGUAAACUAAUUUUUUUU